AUGGACUUAAACCUGGCAUCGGACACCGGAGGUGCAGUGGCAUGUCCGGUGUGCACGCUGUACCUCCGCGAGGGCAUAAGCCUGCAGCGUCACCUGGACACGCACCCGAAGGAGCAGGUGAUCGAGGCCCUGAUAAAGGCCAGCAGCACCUCCGCGUCCCCCCUGCCGACGCUCCCCUCGCCGUCCCCCUCGCAACUACCUCAGUCCUCGUCCCAGACGUCCCCGUCGCAGCCCGGGGUCUCCCAGGGUCAGUCCCACCUGCCGCAGUCCUCGUACCCCAUCGGCCCGGUCUUCGAGUACCCGCCCCUGAACGCCAUGAUGCCCCCGCAGUUCGCGUCCUUCAGUUACCAGCAGUUCGUCAACAACGGGACGAUGAUGAUCCCCCAGUACUCGAUACCCCCGCCGCCGCAGGCAAACCAGAUGAUGCAGAUGCUGUACAAUCCGUACAAUAUGUACCAGCAGCAACAGGUGCCGACGGUGCAGAUGCUCUCCCCCGUCACCACAAUCCCGACGACGCGGAUACGCCCGGUGGUGACGGUGGCCGAGAGCAUCUCCAGGAGCAUAAUGAUACCGAGCAGUCAGGAGGGGAAGGCGAUCAUCCCGGAGAUGAUGGAGAGCGACGAGAGCAUUCUCCCGGACAUCGAGCCGCCGGAGACGGCCGAGCGGACGGGGGAGGACCGACAGACGGAGGACAGGGGGCAGCAGACGCUCCCCAGGCGGUCGCCGCACGAGCCCCCGGCGCAGAAGGACGACGAGGAGGACGAGGGGGAGAGCAUCGUCCCCGAGAUCGAGGAGCCCCGGGACGAGCACGUCCUCCAGCGGCCGGAGUACCCGAAGGAGAGGGAGGAGAGGGCCGAGAAGACGACGGAGGGCCGCGAGGAGCAGCCGAGCGAGAAGGAGGCGCCCUCGCCGGCUGAGGAGGCCGGCAAGAGCCUCAAGAUCAACAUGCGGGUGGAGAUACCCCAGCAGGGGGAGGUGGAGCACCUCGAGCGCUUCCUCAUGAACAUCAUGGAGGCGAAUCCGGAGAGGAGCGAGCCCCCGAAGAAGCCGGAGGCGUCGCACGAGCCUCCGGCGGGCGCGGGCGAGGGUUCGCAGGCGGAUUCCGGGGGGGCGCUCGCCCUGGAGAUUGAUUACAAGGCGCUGGAGGCGCCGUACAGGUACAGGAGCAGCCUGAGCGCCCCCGCCUCGCCGAUGGGGGAGAAGAAGGCCCAGCAGAGCUUCUCCAGGUCGGAGUUCGGCUCCAUUGAGAACCUCAAUCUUUAUCCCGUUGGGUUCGACGCCGCCGCUCUGCAGGAGCUGGAGGACGACAAUCGAGAGGAGGAGGACGAGGAGGAGGAGGGGGACGAGAAGAAUGUUCCGGAUAACUUCGAGGAGGAGGACAUGGAGAUCGAGGAGAUCGCCAGCCCCCACACGCCCUUCGCCAAGGGGAGCGAGGAGAACAGGUCGCGCACACCCCUGUCGACCAUCAGUGGGAUAUCCGGGCUCAAAGUGAGGACUGACCUGAGUAAGCCGGGGUCCCCUGCCUCGGUGCAGUCCUUCAGGGGACUCAAUGGCGAGAGCGACGACGAGGGCGAGGACCAUCAGAAGAACCCCCUCGACUGCUCCCAGGGGGAGGCCGAGGACGCCGGCAGGAGGUUCGACCCUGGGUGCCAUCAGUCCGUCAUCACUGAGCACGUCAGCUCAUUCCCGGUGCUUUCCAAUCAGCAAGGCAGCAGUGAGAGCUUCUCCCCCGCCAGCGGCAAGGGCCAGGGCCAGGAUCUCACCGCCAUCGAGGGCCUCGACCCCACCACCAGCGACUCCAAGAGCUUUCAGUCCAUCGCCAAGACUAUCAAUCAAAUACCAACGACGGAACUGCUGAAUAUCAAUGAGGACGCGCAUUCGGGCCCCAUGAAUGUGUUCGAGUUCGAUGGACUGCAGAUCCUUGUGCCCAGCACUUUUAUCAGCGAGUCCAGUCAGAAGGCGAUCAGCGCCACUAGUCAGCAGUCUAUGGCCAGCAGCGAGGGCGGUGCGGGGAUUGAUGAGGAGGUGAAGAGUGUUAAUAUGAGGGCCGAUGAGACUAUGCCGCCCAGGGGGGAACUGUCCGAACAGGAGAGCAAUGGCUGCACGGAGCAUUCUGCUUGGCAGCUGUACGUAGGUCAAGAGUCCUCCCGGAUGUCGACGUCGUACGACCUGAUGGCUCGUGAAUCGUGGGAGGAGUCCGAGGGCUCUGACAACGAGUCCGGAGUUCCCCUCCUGGACAGUCGUUCCCUGGCCACCCACUUUACCUCCUCCCUCUUCCUGGACCGCGACCGCAAGACCCCAACGAAGCGAACCUUCAAGUGCUCCCUCUGCACGGAAGUCUUCGAUUGCCCGAAGGAGCGCCGAGUCCACAGUACAACAGUCCACAAGGAGGCAGGCCCCUCGAACAGCAGCAGCAACAGUGGCCCCCUGGAGACCCCAGAAGCUAAAGACAUAAAGCUCCUGGAGGGUCGAAUGAACGUCUUCGAGGAGAUUUUCGUCCCAGGGAUUCACGUGCCCACGUACCACCAGUCGCAGCCGCCUCUCCUGCACCAGCUGCAGCCCCCGCAGCAGCCCUCAGACCUCACGAAGCCAGACGGCGACGAGAAGGCCGAGACCCCCACUGGCCUCGAGAUCUCCUGCGCCAUGUGCUCCCAGAGAUUCGCCUCAGAGCGUUCCCUCCAGGUGCACAAUCGUCGAGUUCACGGUACAGAAGUGGCUAAACGCCUGCACGACAUCUCCAAAUGCCAAAUCUGCAACGAGGAGUUCCCCUCAGUCGUCCAGUUCAAUGCCCACCUGAAGAUCCACCCCCUGGAGUGCUCGCAGUGUGGCAAGUACUUCUACAGAAAGCAAAACUUCAAACUCCACAUGAAACGACACCUGGGGAUCAAGCCCUUCCCCUGCACAGUGUGUGACAAGGCCUUCUUGACGAAGCAGAAACUCGACGAGCACAUGAAUGGCCACACUGGGAAUGCCCCCGUCAAGUGCAAUCUGUGCAACGAGACCUUCAGGAGGUACUCCAACCUCACUCAGCACAAGAAUCGCCAUCAUCUCAACAUUAAGAGAAAGCUCAAGGACUAUAUCUGCCACUGCGGUGAGGUGUUUCACACGAAGAAGAAGCUCGCCUGGCACAAGGAGACCCACGACGAGAAGCCCAAGGCCUGCACCUACUGCAACGAGAGGUUCAUACACAUGGCCAGCCUGACCAGACACAUGAGGAGGGCCCACAACAGGCGAUUCGUACCAGAUGCUCAGAGGGAGAAUGAGAAUGUCGAGUGUCCCAUAUGUAAGUGCAUUUAUCUCAGAUCGUCGUUGUCUGUUCACAUGAGGGUUCACAAUGGCGAGCGACCUUACGAGUGCCAAGUAUGCUCCAAAGCAUUUAGCACUAAGUGGAACUUACAGUUGCACAAGUGGACCCAUGCUGCCAGAAGUACUAAACCGUAUAAGUGUAAUCAGUGUAGCGCUGCUUUCUACAGGCACAGUGACUAUACUGCUCACAUGAAUUCACAUAGGAAUGUUAGACCGUAUACUUGUAAUUACUGUGGGGCACAGUUCAUUAGGAAGUAUAAUUGCUUGAGACAUGUCAAGGAGCAUGAGGAGAAUAAACAGUAUACUUGUGAUGUUUGUAAUAAGACUUUUCACAGGUCUUAUUAUCUUAAGGAACAUUUGAGGGUUCACAGUGGGGCGAGACCUUAUACUUGUCAUAUUUGCGGGAAGAGCAGUAGUACGAAGAGCAAUCACAAUAAACAUGUCAGGAUUCAUCAUGCUAGGGAACCGGUUAAUACGGAAAAUUGAAGAGGGAAGAUUGAUGAUUUUUUUGUUUUGCACAGUUUUUUGUUCUGAUGAAUUAUGAAGGAUUAAUUUGCUGGGGACAGGGAUGCAUUGUUAGCUUUUCAUGAUUUUUUAGAAUAAAAAAGGGAUUUUUUUUCAGGGAUAGGAUUGUGUGGAUCUGUUCUGAAAGUCUAUAUUUUUUAUUUUAGUCUCUUUCAAAAAUGACUCUUGCAUUUUUUAUUGUGGUGAGUAAUAAAAAAUUAAGGACUUCAUGAAUCUUUAGUUUUUCAUUAUUUUUCAUGAUUAAAAAAACGUACUUUUGACUCAAUUGGAUUAAAAGGGGGUGAAUGGGUUUUGAGAGGAUUGUGGGAGUUGGAUUGUCUUCUGAAGACAUCCGUGAUGAUUUAAAAACAUUAAAUGUUGGGAGUUAGUAACGAGGAAGUAAUUUGAGUGAGUUUAGUUGAAUUUCAGAUUUUUGCUUGGUUUUUGGAAUGUCUUGUUGGAAGGGAAUUGUGGAAAUAGAGGCGAGUGUUGAGGGAGAGUUAACAGGAAAGUAUUAAGACGUCUUCAUGUUGAUUAUGUUGUUUUACCACUCCACCACUAAGUGAUGAUCCAUUAUCAGAGGAACUGUAGGUUCGCAAUUAUUAUUUGAGAUGAAUUGUUUGUUUGUUUGUUUCUUCGUUCAGUUGAGAUUCUUUUCUGCGGAUUCUGGGGUGAGGGGUGAAGGAGAUGUUUUAUCGAAAAAUGUCAAAAGAGAGUUUUUGUGGAGAAUUUAAUGGGCUACAUUAAAUGCCUCUUGACAUUUUUCGAUGAAUCCAAAAGUAUUCGAGAUAUCGACGAAAUAAGAGCUGUCCAAAUCUCACGAUUAUCUCCUUGUUUCUCCACAACUGAAUAAAUGUUGUUUUUAAUUAGUGAAAUUUUGUUGACUCGAUGCUUGAUGAAUGAAACUCGUCCAUCGAUCGUGACUUAGAUAAAUUAGCUAAUGUAAAUUGAUAGAAUGGACACAAGUGAAAUAUUCUGUUGUGGUUUAAGAUCCAGUGACUUGGGACCCUAACUACUUAAGGAUCCUAAUUAAUAAGUAAUUAAUGAUACCCAGGAAUCAACAAGUUAAUCGAAUUCCAACUGCUGACUGGUGAGAAAAAAUUGAACAUUUUGUGUUGACAAAACACGAAGAGCGUAUAAACACGUGAAUUAAAACGAAGUAAUCAUAAGGAAACAUGGAAAAACGUUUGCCAACUAAUAGUAAAAUAAUUUAAUACAUAAAGGAUAAUUAAUCGAUACUAUAGAGGGGAAGAAUAACUACUACAUAACAUUAAUGAAGUCCUUUACGUGUCAGUCGUUGUAAGUGGGGUAUUUCUUUUUACUGUUUUACAAAUUGGAAAAAAAAAUUACAUUGUGGUAAGGACAAUUGUUAUUGUCAAUCGGUGUUCGAGUGUAAUGUGUGUGAACAGGAGCUAAACUGUUUCAUUGAAUAGUUAUUGAGAAGGGAAAUGGUAAAACGUAAUGAAUGAACAAGUCAAUCUAUACUAUUUCUGCCAACAGAACACAUAUUGAAUUAUCUUGAAUGUGAAGGGAAUUUUUUUGCUGAAAAUUUAAUUCUCUGCAAAGUCUGAUUUAUUUUUGUCGAAAUAAUGAUAAAAAUUGUUCAAAAUAAUUCGGAUUAUUUUGCCAACAUCGCUGAGGGAAAACCUGAGCUAAAAAUAUGAAAAAUAAUUCACAAACGAUAACGUUUUACCCAUUUCCACCAGGACUCAACACUUCUAAUAUAACAAAAACAAGACAAUUACAAUAGCCAAUCGCUAUUACCUUAGUUGUUAUUCUUCUAUAUUUAUAUAUUUUGCAAUGCAUAAGGUGAUCAACUAUUGGUAAAAUUAAUUCCAAUACUAAGACUGAUCGAUGUUGGUUCUUCGUACUGCUCUCUGCAAGAAAUCAUCAAUUGAAUUUUCAAUCAUUUGCAAAAUGAUUGAAUCAGUUAAUAUUAUUUUAAUCCCACUGUUCAUGAAUUCAUCAAUUGCAUCAGUAAUCGAUUGUAAUCCAAUUUAUUCGAUUUUUAAUCGUCAAGUUAUUAAUUAAUCACUACUUUAAGUGAAGGAUUUAUUGAUCGAGGGGUGAGGGGUAUAUCUGUUGAAUCGUGAAUAUGAUUGGAGGACUGGAGAAUUACUAUGGGUCCAAUUUUUCAUUCAUAUUCUGAAUUAUUGAUAGGUAGUUAGAUACGAAUCAAUUUCUUCGAAGCUGUACCAAAACAAUAAACGAGUUAAGUUGAUUAUCCUGGGGGUGGGGAAGGGCGAGGAUUUCAUUUCUGAAGGGAGCAGUAUGAGACACAUUAGACUGCCUGAGACAUUUUAGGAGUGAGGAAUGAAUUCAGUAGAGAGAUUCCGCGAAAUUAUCGAGGUGUAAUUUUUUAUUUGUUGAUUAUCUCGGUGAUUAUGGGGUUUGGGGAGAACAGGGAGAGGGAUUUUUUUUUCUGGCGAUGAGAAAAAUCUUCUGAUGUUGGAGAUUGAGGAAAAAUUUGUGGCAGAAAAAAAUUAAUUUUUUUCAAUCACUUUUGAUUAAUUGAUAAUUAAUGGUUAAUUGACGAUUGAUGUCAAUCGUGUCAUCAUUUCUCUACUGAAUUAUGAGAAUUGUCAGCAUAAUAUUAUGAAAACGAAAUUGGUAUUCCCCACGAGAGAUAUUUGAAAAGUUAUUGCUGGUUUUAUUAUUUUGCCUGCAGUUUGGAAAAUCUACCAGACAAUUACGCAAUUAAAACAAUCACGAAAAAUUGAUGUUAAUUAUCGAGAAACCAGCAUCGAUGUCCAAAUGUGCAAUUUGUGUUGAUUAUUAGGAUCAAUUGUGAAUAACAAUUAGGAUGAAAAAACUUCAUGUGGACAGAGUGUGAAAAGUGGGAGAAAAAUCCUUGGGAAUAACAAAAAUGUUUAUUCAUAAUUCAUGAAUGAGAUAAUGAAGGUAAUUAUUGUACAUAAUGUAAAUAUGUAUAUCACUUCUAUUUUAUAAUAGGGCCAAUGCGAGUAAAUAAUAUUGAAAAUUAAACAGAAUAAUAACGAUAGGUAAAGAGGGAAUUAAGAUUUCGAGGAGAAUUUCGAUUACGUGAUAAGGAAAACAAAUUGAUAAGAUUCUUACUAUGAUUGAAGGAUAAAGAUAGGAUAAUUAAUUAAUGAUAAAUGAAAAAGAAAACGUUAAUAAAGACAAAAUGCGCAUACUACAUGAUCCUUAAAACACGUGUAUACCUUAAUAAAGUUAUGUAUUGAGGUACUUUUUAAUGAAAAAAAAAACAUGUUUCUUUAUUUUUUUAAUUGUGGUUCUUCUCUUUAUUUUUAUCGUCAGUUGGCGUCACUUUUUUUUGAGGGAGGGAGGUUUUCUUUCUUUCGUCGCCUCAUUUUUGUUUCAAUGUUGUAAUGUUGUACCACGUGUGUACAUUAAAGAUGAAGAGUAUGUUGUACAUAUAUACAUUGUCAAUUUUUG